AUGGCAAAUAUAGCAGCCAAACGUAUAAAAAGAGAGUUCAAAGAGAUAAUGAAAAGUGAAGAGGUGAUUGGUGGCUCCAUAAAAUUGGGACUCGUGAAUGAGAAUUGGACUGAACUCAAAGGCGAGAUAGCUGGUCCUGUUGAUACUCCUUAUGAAGGUGGGACCUUCCUCCUUGAAAUUAAAGUUCCCGAAACUUAUCCUUUCAAUCCUCCUAAGAUACGCUUUUUGACCAAGAUCUGGCAUCCGAACGUGUCCUCAGUCACCGGUGCCAUAUGUUUAGACAUCUUGAAAGACCAAUGGGCAGCAGCUUUAACAUUGCGUACAGUUCUAUUGUCGUUGCAAGCAUUACUGUCAGCAGGUGAACCUAAUGAUCCACAAGAUGCUGUGGUCGCCAAACAGUUCAGAGAGAAUCCUCGUUUAUUCACUAUGACGGCACGACAUUGGACCAAUGUUUAUGCUGGUGGGCCAAAUAUAGUACACGAAUGCAAUAGCAAAGUGCAGCGUAUGCUGGACAUGGGUAUUGAUGAACAUCAGGCCAGAGUAGCUCUCUCCUCAUAUGAUUGGGACUUAGAGCGUGCCACUGAGCAACUUUUUGGCUAG